AUGCGCUACACCGACAUUCUCCUCAUCGCCACCACAUCUGGUGCCAUAGCAGCGGGCCUCGAAAACCGUGGUCUCUUAGCAUGCGUUGAUACCGUAGCAGAGCACAGAUCCGUCACCAUGGACCUUCCCACCCUGUCCGCGACUGGUAUCGACGAGGACGACAUCCCAACCAUCACGAAAGCCUGCGACGCUCAAAGCAGCGAGCUCAGCGCUGUCUGGUCCGCUUGCAAGGACGAGGACUUUGUCGGCAAGAUUACUUCUCUUGCCGAGAACUACGGCCCUGUUUGCUCGGCUGUAGCAGAUUUCAGUCAUUCCCUCGAUGAAACUACAGUGGUUGUGACUACGACCGCUGCCGGUACUGCGGCUACUGAGACUGGAGUCGCAGCUACUGACACCAGAGGGGCGGCGGCUGCUGCUACGACCAGCUUGCCCAACGCUGCGUCGCGAGAGGCGGGGAUUGUUAUGGUUGCUGUUGCGGCUGCUGGAGUUGUCUUUGCUGUUAUUCACUUGGAGAGACUUUCUAUUUGA